ACGCGUCACACCUUUCCUCCUCACCCCAUCGUCCUCGGUCCGUACAAAUGGGUAUCAAGGGGCUCACUGGCCUGCUGUCCGAGCAUGCGCCCAAAUCUAUGAAGGAACACGAGAUCAAGACGCUCUUUGGGCGCAAGGUCGCGAUAGACGCGUCCAUGUCCAUCUACCAGUUCCUCAUCGCGGUCCGCCAAAAGGACGGCGAGAUGCUCACGAACGACGCGGGGGAGAUAACGAGUCACUUGAUGGGUCUGUUCUACCGCACCAUACGCAUCGUCGAGAACGGCAUCAAGCCCGCGUAUGUGUUCGACGGGAAGCCACCAGAUCUGAAGAAGGGUGUGCUCUCGAAGCGGUUUGAGAAACGUGACGAGGCAAAGGAGGGCGAGGAGGAGGCGAAGGAGACGGGCACGGCCGCAGAGGUCGACAAGUUCUCGCGCCGGCAGGUCAAGGUCACACGCGAACACAACGAAGAGUGCAGGCGCCUCCUGAAGCUCAUGGGCAUCCCAUACGUUGAGGCGCCCUCAGAAGCAGAGGCGCAGUGUGCAGAGCUCGCGCGCGGGGGGAAGGUCUACGCGGCGGGCUCCGAGGACAUGGACACCCUCACAUUCAACGCGCCCAUCCUCUUCCGCCACCUGACCGUGUCCGAGGCGAAGAAGCAGCCCAUUCUCGAGAUCAACCUCAAGGCGGCGCUCGAGGGCCUCGACAUGGAUCUCAGCAUGUUCGUCGACCUCUGCAUCCUAUUGGGCUGCGACUACCUCGAGCCCAUCAAGGGUGUCGGCCCCAAAUCCGCGCUCAAGCUCGUGCGCGAGCACGGCGGCCUCGCCGGCGUCGUCGAACACCUUCGUGCAAAGCAGGCAGAGAAGGAGGAGGCUAUCGCCGCCGCCGAAGCGGAGGAGGAAUCCGCAGACGAGCCCGCGGCGACGAGCGACGUUGAGGCGCCCGACGGAGAUGAUGAUGAGGACGACGAGGCGAAGGAGAAGAAGGAAAAGCCGAAGCCAAAACCCAAGAAGAAGGCGAAGGGCAAGGCGCGGGGUGGGGUGCAGAUUCCUGAGGAGUGGCCUUGGGAGGAGGCGAAGAAGCUGUUCCUCACGCCCGAUGUGAUCCCGGCGGACGAGGUGGAGCUCGAGUGGAAGAGCCCGGACGUCGACGGCCUCGUGCAGUUCCUCGUCAAUGAAAAGGGCUUCAACGAGGAGCGCGUGCGCAAGGGCGCGGAGAAGCUCGCAAAGUUCCUCAACGCGAAGCAGCAGGGGCGCCUCGACGGUUUCUUUACCGUCAAGCCGAAAGACAAGCCCGAGCCCAAGGGGAAGGGCGCGGGGAAGGGCAAGGCGGACGCGAAGGGGACGAAGGGAACGAAGCGGAAGGGCGAGGACAAGGCAGAAGGUGGGACGAAGAAAAAGACGAAGAAGUAGCCAGGUGGCAUACUUCGGACUGCCUACUUUGUCGCUCAUGAUCUUGUGCUCUCUGUCGCUCUGCUUAUCUUAUCUCUCACUGUAUAUCUAGCUUUCUUUGAUCCAUCGCUUUCCUGUGGCUGUA